UUCAAAAAUUGGUCUCAUAUCGCAAGAGCCUACUCUGUUCGAUAUGACUAUUCAAGAAAAUAUUGCUUAUGGUGAUCAUAGUCGUCAAAUACCAAUGACAGAAAUAAUUGAAGCAGCGAAGAAAGCGAACAUCCAUGAUUUUAUUCGAUUAUUACCACAAGUAAGUACGCUACGUUGUUUCUUUAAAUUAUGCAAUGGACAAGUUCAAGAAUUGAUGCGUUCUUUAGCAACAACUCUUUUCCAUGCAGAUUCUAUCAUGGUUAAAGUUAACAUCUAAAAAGACAGAUUGUUAUGAGUUAUCCGUCACGUGCACGUUGUUUUCGAAUAUGAAAUUACAAUAUGUAAAGAUCAAAUCCAUCGUCGGAGUGAACUCAUUAUGGAUCUCUGAAAGUUCCUAUUCCUAUUCUGUGCUUGCAGGGCUGACGUUCACGGUUGCAAAUAGGAGCAGAACGUUAGGGGGGAUGUCAAACAAAAGUUCGAAAAAACGGACCUAAUCUUU